AUUUCCAUUUUACCGGUGAAGUCUACUCAUACUUUAGCCGAAUUCGAGAGAGAAGAUGAGCGAGCCGAGGCCUGUGAAAAGGAGAGAAAGUCCAUGGGGAAUGCCGGAAGGAGAAGAUCGCCAACCUAAGGCUCACAGAUGCAAUGACAGAGCUGAAGAUGUCAUCCAAGCUUGUUUUGAAGGGAACCCAUUUAAGACUGUUCCAGGACCAUUCAAGCUGUUCUGGCAAUGCAUGCGUUCUAAACCUGGGGAGGAACCAACAGAGCCAUUUACGUAUUUGGACUUCGAUCCUCCAAAGAGAGAAGUGAAACCUGACUUCACCAAGAAAUCCACCUAAGAAAUUAUGAAGAACCAAAUGGCAAGCAGAAGUCUAUCCUCGAUUCAUACCCAUGGUUCCUAUCUGUAUCUCUGAAUCAGCCUUCUCCUUGGCGUUUUGGGAAUGAUUGUGAAGUUGGUUCCCAUUUUGAGAACCAUGUGAUGCUCCAAAGAAGCUCUUGAUAGCUUCUUCUUUUUCAUCAAUAAAGUCUAUAAAGUUUUGAAUCGUCUGAGUACAGCUACUGUUGGAUGGAACUGGGAAUGGUGUAACUUCUUCUAAAUGACGGCGUCGAUGGUGUCGUAGGUAACGGAUAUACUGGCGGAUUAGUCUUAAAAGAAACAGGAAGAGUGCAGCGAGGGAAAUGAUUCCACAAAGCAAAUAUAAACCCCAGAAACUGAUCAAGUGAAGUUGGUCUGGCUCCGACUUUCCUCCCCGAUUACCUGGACAACCUAGCUUGCAGAACCAUGAGUCGUGUAUUUCCUGAAGCUUUCCACUUUCCGAGAGCUUCAGAAUUGCAGUUGACAUAUCGACUGCAAGUCGAGAUCCUCGUUGAAAAGCCUGUACUCAUGAUAAGGAAAAGUAGGUUAGAUGGGGGGAGAUCACAUUUAAAGCAAUAUGGGACAAGCUUUACAUUUCGUUCAUACGAGCAGUAUUCAUAUUAAUAACUGCCUGACAUUUAUGAUUAAGUAAACAAGAAAAAUAUCAUGUGAAAUAUACAUUUUUAUUCUCUCUAA